AUGUCGAACUGCGAAGUAGGCGGAGUUUUAUUCUCCAGCAACGUCUCCCAUGCUGAGAAGGAGUUCGACGUUUUCGGCUCCCUGGAUGCCUUACUAAGAGUAGGCCAUGCCAGAAGCCCCAUCGUCUGCCUGAUCAAGCCGCUAGAUGCUAUCAAGGAACGUUGGAGGCGUGGAUAUGUCUUACACCCAUCUUUUGUCCAUCUUGUCGAUUCGCAUGAGACCCUAUCACCUCGCCUGGCUAUCCUUCGACUCCGCUCUCUGCAUCAGAAAGCCAUCACUAUCAUCAACUGCUAUUCUCCAACAUCAGCAGCUGAUGAUUCAGAACUUUAUGCUUUUUAUGAGGAUUUGGAGGGAGUCAUCCGCAAAGAAAAUUCCUUCUAUAAGUUCGUUAUGGGUGACUUCAAUGCGAAAAUCGGAAUACCAGAAGAAGGGGAGCACAGGACCAGAGAUUUGAAUCAGAACUCCGGAAUGAGAAUGGUAACCGUCUUGUUGGACUCUUAUCCGCCGCACGGCUUUUUCAUGGCAAUCCAUUAUGAAGAAAGAACACCGGCGGUGGACAUGGGAGUCACGCAGCGGCACGACUCAUGCGGAAAUCGACCACAUUCUCAGCAAUCAAAGUUGGUGCUCACUGACGUUUCUGAUGUCAUAGGAGGUGACGGUCCCAGAACUCCGAGCCCACCUGUUCGUGUCAUAGGAGGUGACGGUCCCAGAACUCCGAGCCCACCUGUUCGACUGUUUUCUCUCCGCUCUGUUACGCAGCAGAGACGUGGCCGGACACUGUGGCUACGUCGACGUUCCGAACAACCCACAGGAGCGCUAGAACGACGCCUUCUGUGGUACAACCGGCGCAUCCAACAUCUAGUCGGACUUCGCAGUUCAGAUAUGAGAUCCAUGUCUCGUCUUCGCGAUCCAGCGGAAUACGUCUCUAAGACGAAACAUCGAAAGGUGGUCAAUGAGAGGGACAGACGACAGAUGGACAUUAAGAACUCUGGAAUCCCUCGAGAAGCAGACGUUCUUGAGGGAGUACGACCAUAUGGGCUGACGUGUUCAUUGCACGGAUGGACUAGCUAA